AUGGCGUCUCCCAAUGGAAUAAAUACCGGCCAUGGGUCCGUACCGGAGACAAGCUGGCCUUCAGUCUCAUCAGAGUUGGAUUUGCCUUCUGUGGAUCAAGUUCUAUCAGGCCUACCUGAUAUAUCCAGCAUACUACCUGUCCAAGACGCCACAGUGUACCCAAAAGAUCAAGAAGCUAUGUUCCGCGGUUUGAAAAAUAUCAUUGAACAUGCCGAACAGACGAGCGAGGUGGGCAAUAGCUUUGACUUGAAAGAGCUCCAUGCUUCCCUGGGACAGGCAGAGGAGGAGGCACGUCUCGGCCGACGAGAUGCCACAACAUUAGAGAGUGUGCACACAACUCUAAUUCAGCUAUGGUCAUGCAACUCCAAUCUCAUGGCCCAAGCGGCCGAGAUUCUGGCCAAUGGGAGUCGAGAUCCAUCAUGGAGAGCUCCAAUUGGCCAGUCUGGCAUCCUCAAGUUCUUCUUAGAUGUAGUUUCCUCGAGGCAGGAGCUCGAGCAGGGAUUGUUGCUGCAUUCCUUGCGUUUAGUUGGCAACUCCUGUGCCGAUACUGACGAGAACAGGGAAAUUGUCGUGAAGGGAAAUUAUACCCUUGCUAUAAUUCGGCAUUUCCUCAAUCCCGACUUGCUUAUGGUGGCGAUCCCUGUGAUCUACAACAUCUGCAUGGAUUAUGAGCCUGCACAUGCCCAAAUGGCAGAAAACCGGGCAGCUUAUAUCAUAUUGAGACUGCUAAGAGACGGCGCUCUCGGAGAUAAUGAGGCUCUGCUAGGCUUCGCAUAUGACCUUGUUGAACUGGCCUCUGAGCAAGCACAAGGCGUUGAGAACUCGCCCGACGGCACGAUUUUGCUUCUCAUGGAACUUGCCUUGAACGAAGAUAUAACCUUUGAGCAAUACGCAUCUUUGGUUAGUUGCCUGUCUACAUACCUGGAGAAAGAAAGAUUCCAAAAUGCCUGCAUCUCCAACAAUAUGGUAGAGAUGCUGCUCUCUGUCUUGAAACGAUCAAUUUCCAUCGAAAUCGACAAUUCUUCCAAGGAAGAUGUUUCAGCUCUGGCCCAAGCGCGGAUUAAGGCCAAUCAGGCAUUAUCUGAGGUCUCGGCCUCCCCACUGUUUGCAGAGCACUAUCCUCUUGACUCUAAUCUGUCAAAGACUCUCAAAUCGUGGAUCAUGGCAGAAGAGGAACAGCUUCAGAUCUGUGCCUGUGUGAUGCUAGGCAACCUAGCUCGAUCCGAUGAGGUCUGCAAAAGGAUGGUUAAGGACCUGAAGAUUCACGAAGAGUUGAUCGCUGUUCUUAACAGUGAUGCCCGGGGCUCUGUCUUACAUUCUGCCCUUGGAUUCCUUAAGAACCUUGCCAUUGCUGGUGAUAACCGCGUCAGCCUGGCAGAAGCUGGGAUCAUUCCCGCCGUAUCAAACUUAUGGGCCUUUGAUUCUGUUCCACAGGUACAGUUCUCUGCUGCAACGAUCGCCCGCCAGGUCAUCAUCUCGUCGCCGGAGAAUAUCGCCAGAUUGCUCUCCCCACUCUCAGAUGAUCCCGAUUCUCCAGCAAACCGACGGACAUAUCUGUCAUUGCUUCUUGUUCUCUUUGAGAAAACUGACUCUGCUCCCAUCAAGACCGAGAUUGGGCGUAGCAUUGCUUCUAUCUGCCGGACUCUUACACCCAAAGCCCGUGAAGGGGACGAACAAGCGAGUACCUUAUUGAACACUCUGUAUGACUUGCAUACAGGUGUUGCUCGCCCACUUGGUGCAAUGAUUACUCAAACUCAAUGGCCCGUUGUCCGAAGUGAAGGUUGGUUUGCCUUGGCAUUAAUGGCGAACAACAAAUCCGGUUGUGUGGCGGUUGCAGACUGUUUGCAAAACGAGGAAGUAUUGGAGCUACUCAAGAAGACUCUGAGUAUGAGCUCUGAGCCUGCUGCUGAGGAAACCGAAAAGAAAGAUCCGUCUCAAGUGACCAAAGACCGAGACAAUGUAUUUGUCCUUGUGCAAGAGCUGCUGAAGAACGAGUCUGGAGCGCUCCCAGAAGGUUAUCGGAGCACGAUGGAGGAUUUGGUCGACGAGCACGCUUCGCAGUUGAAGAGUAGUACCGCCUAG